AUGAUUGAAACUAAAAGUAGUGAUAAAGAAGUUAACGAGAGUUCUACUUCUACUCCCACCACCGAUCAUUCAAAUAUCAAUUCCGACAAUCAAAAUGAAAAUGAUAGUCAUAGUGAUGAUAAGAAUAACAACAUUGUAAAUAGUAAUAGUAAUAGUAGGAAUAGUAUAGAUGUACAACAAAAAGAUAAUACAAAGGAAUUGGAUUCAAUUGAUAGUAAGAAUGAUGGUAGUGACACAUUGGAAUGUAAUAUUAUAAAUGAUAGUGUACAACAACAGCUACACCAACAAACCACAGAAUCAGAGAUAAACAAGAGUUCAGAGAUUAAAAAGAUGUCUAUAGUAGAGUUGAUGGAAAAACAAGGUGAUCCAUCAAUAAAUUUGACUCGAUCUGCAUCUUCGUUGUCACUCGACAGACCAAUCAGUACGUCUUCCCCGUCAGAGAUGGACACUUCAAAGAAAACGAGACCACACUCUAUCAAUCUUUCGAAAUCACAGUCACUUGUUCAACUUCCAACAUUACACUCACCGACACUCUCUGGAAAGUAUCUUCCUUUGACGCCACAUCUCUCCAUUCUCGAACAAAUCAAGGUGCUCUCUGAACUAGAGAAACAAAAAGAACUACCUAUCAGCAAUGAGCAGUAUGAAAACUUGUUCAUUGAAAACCCUUUACCAUUGUCUGUCUCUAACAAGUCAAUAUCACUCUCUUCUUCAUCGUCCAUUGAAGAUAUCAAUAAUACCUCCAGUGAUGAGCUAUCUGUUUCAACAGAAAUCACCAAAAACAACGACAACCAUGGCAAUCACAGCAACAACAAUAACAAUAUUAUCUCAACCAAUGAUGACUUAAUUAUCACAGAGAUCACCGAUGAGCUUAGACGUUUGAUUGACCUUACAGCCUCUAAGAAUCAAGAAUCAGUUAAAACAACAACAACUACAACACCUACAGCUACACCAACACCAAAUCAAACAUUAGAACCCCAAGCGACAGAUUCAACACCAUCAAUAUUAGAACCCGAAACGACAGAUUCAACAACAUCAACAGCAUCAGCAUCAACAACAACAACAUCAAUAACAUUGUCAAAAGAAUCUGCUUCACAAGACAACCCUUCGCCUCCUCCACCACCUCCACAAAAAUCAGUUGAUAUAACAAGUCCAGAGAAAAAGAAAAUUAGUAUUAUGAAAAAGUUAGAAUCAACAAUAUCACAGAUUUUAAAUAAGAAAAAGAUUGCAGAAGCAAAGACCGAUUCACCAAAUGGAGAAACAGCAGAGUCAACUAUUUAUGGACCAAAGACAUGCAUUGGAUAUAGAGGUGAGACAUUUGAAGUCGAUUUCAGUAUGCUUUCAAAGUUACCAACACCCUCCAAAGAUGAUGGUCAUGUGUUUUUGGUAUACGGUGACCUGUGCAAGUUGGUAUGUGAUGUUAAGAUGGUACCAUCACCUGGACACUCUCUGCUAAGAGUUGGACUUGGUGCAUGGCUCAAGAAAGAUUGGGACCAGUUUUCACCAGACAUUCGCAACCGUGUUUUACACGCCAAUCCACCGACCGCCCAACAUCUUCGUAUCGAGAAGGAUGCACGUGUCUUCAAGAUCAAGGACUGGCCAAUAGAGUAUCCCAACAUCUCACAGCCAUGGUUCACUACAGUUGUUCCACCACAUGGAAGUUCACCGAGUGCACGUCUGAGCUGGUAUAUCGGUGCUGCUCGUGAUUUUCUCAAUGACGUCGGUAAGGAUCUCGAAAAGAACAAACCUCCCAUUAAGAAUGGCAGAUCAAAGUAUUUGGUUGCGCUUCCAAUAGUUGGUACGGGUGGAGGUGGUGGUGGUGAAUAUGCAGGUGUUAUCUUAUCAAUGUUGUUGCACGAACUCUAUGUUGCCACAAGAGUUUGGAAAUACGAUGUUGUGCUAGUGACAAACGAACUACCAAUGUACACCGCAGCCAGAAAUACAAGAAAACAAAUGAUGGAGAAGGACAAGAGUUUUAAAUAUAUCUAUAAUACUCUGCUGGGCAAUGCGAUGUUGGAAAAAGCAAAAAGAAAUAUCGAACCUGAUGAAACGUCGACACCUGUUACCGAUGUAAUUACCACCAACUAUGAUCAGUGCUUUGAAAUUGCAUCACGUGCUAUCAAUGUUCCUUGUACUGUACUUCCUUAUGAAACUAUCACCGAUAAAAAGAAUCGUUGGAUUCUCAAGCUACACGGUUGUGUUUCUCAUCCAUCCGAUAUUGUAAUCACCAGAGAGGACUAUAUACGUUAUGGAGACAAGAGAGAAGCUUUAUCAGGUAUACUUCAGUCUUCGUUAAUUACCAAACAUAUACUUUUUGUUGGUUUCAGUUUGGUGGAUGAUAACUUUUUCCAAGUGAUGUCUGCUGUCAAAGCAGCAACACAAAAAACACAAAAGAAAUAUGGAACUGCAUUAUUUAUACAAAAGAAUGAUUUGAUGAAUGAACUAUGGGGACAACAAAUUGAUUUUCUUUGUUUCGAUCCAGAGAAUAAAGGUAAAAUUGCAGAGUGUGCAAGAAUACAAGAGAUCUUCUUGGAGUAUCUUACAUCAAUGUCAAUAUCAAAUACAAGUCAUGUAAUGGAGAAAAGAUUUGACUAUCUAUUGCAAGAGGGUGAAAAAAUAUUUAGAGAUAAUCUGAAUAUAUUUGUAAAGGAUAUGCCUGAUGAAGCAAAAAAGACAGAGGUUUACAAGAAAUUCGAACAAUUUUUAACCGAUAUUGGUUAUUAUAAUAUGUAA